AUGGAGAGUGCGAGCCAGGAUAUCAACCUUAACUCUCCCAACAAAGGUCUGCUGUCCGAUACCAUGACAGAUGUGCCUGUGGAUAGCGCGGCCUCGGCCAGGACCUCUGUGCCCGAAGGGUUGACUCUAGCUGAAGAGGAGGAGUUGAGAUCUGAGCUUGCCAAGGUUGAAGAAGAAAUUGGCACUCUGAGACAAGUUCUGGCUGCUAAAGAGAGGCACUGUGGGGAGCUGAAGAGGAAGCUGGGCUUGACCCCUUUGGAUGGGUUAAAGCAGAACCUGUCUAAGAGCUGGCAUGACGUCCAAGUCUCCAAUGCUUAUGUGAAAACAUCUGAGAAACUUGGAGAGUGGAAUGACAGAGUGACACAGUCUGACUUUUACAAGAAGACCCAGGAAACCCUCUCCCAGGCAGGGCAGAAGACUUCAGCAGCCCUGUCCAACGUAGGUUCUGUUAUCAGCAGGAAAUUUGGUGACAUGAGGGCUCACCCCUUCUCCAACUCCUUUAGCAGCUACUCCAUCCGCCACUCCAUAAGUAUGCCAGCCAUGAGGAAUUCUGCAACCUUCAAGUCAUUUGAAGAUAGAGUUGGGACUAUAAAGUCCAGAGUGGUGGGCAGCAGGGAAAACAGCACUGACAGCCUCCACUCCCCGUCGGGGGCUGGGGACAAGCCUCCACAGGACAACACUCCCUUCUAGACCCAGAACCUGGCUUUGCAGGGCUGAGCACAGCUGAGAGCCAGCCCCCUCCCUCCCAAAUCUGCCCAACAGCAACAACACAGCAAAUCCAAGAAGGGGCUGAGAGCCAGUCUGGAGAGAUCCAUCACCCAUUCAUAGACACUGCUGCUGGAUCUAUGUCAAAGAAUGCAACGUUUUGUACACAAAUGAUAUUUUACACUAAAGUUUGUAGAUGAAGUGUAUCACUGCUGUCCUUUUGGGAGAGCAUCUAAGAUAGUUUCCUUCAAGUAGCUCAGAAAUGCCAUUGCUAAAGAAUCAGCUUUGGUUUUUAAUUUCUUUUUUUUUCUUGUCUGACAUAACUUGGAACAGAUACUGAGCAAUGUGAGGAGGGCAGUUACUGGAGAAGCCCAAGUGCAUGAGCAUCUCAGCUUCAGCUUCUGGCUGCCUUCUCCCUCCAGAACAUGCCAUGCAGCUACUCCCUGAGCUCCCAGGCUUCUCCUGUUACUGUUUUCUCUGGCUCUUAAUGAGAGCAGUCGGGUAAAUGGGGUAGACAGCUGAGGUGGUGUGUUUGGGUUUGUGUUGGUUUUUUUUUCUGGGCUCCCAAUAGGGAAACUUCACUUAGCAGCUGCCUCGUUGUUACACUAAUGCUCUAGCUUUAAAACUAAAAAUCUUUAUUUUUAAAUGCAAUGAACUUUAAAGAAAUAAAGCUUAAAAUAAAUUAAAACAACCAAAAAAAUAAAAAAGAAGCUUUGACAUCGUCUUAGGGUAGUGUUCUCUUGGACUCUGAAACUGGACUGCAAGCCUUAUAUCACCUUAUGCUUUACUUGUUGAUGGAGGUGUUUUUGUCUCUAGAGGAGGGUGUGAAGCUGGAGUGUUGAGCACUGGAGUUUUGCAUCAUCCCCCAGCAGCAUGCUUAUGAGCCAGUCCUUGUGUUCAAUUCAGUGCUGCACUCUGCUUCCUGAGCUGUGAAACUUGCUUCUCCCUUCUCAGUUCACACCUUGGUUCCUGGAGGAGAAAUGGCAGAGGGCUGCUACUGACAGGGCCAC